CUCGGCCCCUGGUGACAGUGGGGGACCAGCUGACCUGAGCGCCCAGGGGACAGUCCCGUCCCGCCAUGCAGCGCCUCCUACAGCUGCCCGGGGCCCGUGGGGGUGACCAGGGGGCCGCCAGCCCCAUGCUGGCCCCCGAGGGGAGCGCCCCUGCCUGGUACCAGGCCCUGCGGCCUGAGGAGGAGCUGCAGGCCCCCCCAGUGGACACGGCCCCCGAGGGCCCCCCAGAAGGCCACCCCACAGAGCCCGAACCCGGCCUGAGACAGCCACUGCGGCAUGACGACCUGAAGGAGAUGCUGGACACCAACAAAGACUCUCUCAAGCUGGAGGCCAUGAAGAGGAUCGUGGCGAUGAUCGCCCGUGGGAAGAACGCCUCUGACCUGUUCCCCGCUGUGGUGAAGAAUGUGGCCUGCAAGAACAUCGAGGUGAAGAAGCUGGUGUAUGUGUACCUGGUGCGCUACGCUGAGGAGCAGCAGGACCUGGCCCUGCUGUCCAUCUCCACCUUCCAGCGAGGCCUGAAGGACCCCAACCAGCUGAUCCGCGCCAGUGCUCUCCGCGUGCUCUCCAGCAUCCGCGUGCCCAUCAUCGUGCCCAUCAUGAUGCUGGCCAUCAAGGAGGCCGCCUCAGACAUGUCGCCCUACGUGCGCAAGACGGCCGCCCACGCCAUCCCCAAGCUCUACAGUUUGGACUCAGACCAGAAAGACCAGCUGAUCGAGGUCAUCGAGAAGCUGCUGGCCGACAAGACCACGCUGGUGGCGGGCAGCGUGGUCAUGGCCUUCGAGGAGGUGUGCCCCGAGCGCAUCGACCUGAUCCACAAGAACUACCGCAAGCUCUGCAACCUGCUCAUCGACGUGGAGGAGUGGGGCCAGGUGGUCAUCAUCAGCAUGCUCACCCGCUAUGCCCGCACGCAGUUCCUCAGCCCCACGCAGAACGAGUCCCUGCUGGAGGAGAACCCCGAGAAAGCCUUCUACGGCUCUGAGGAGGAGGAGCCCAAGGCCCCGGCGCCCGGGGAGGCGGUGCCCGCGCUGCCCGCCCGAAAGCCCUACGUCAUGGACCCCGACCACCGGCUGCUGCUGCGCAACACCAAGCCCCUGCUGCAGAGCCGCAGCGCCGCCGUGGUCAUGGCCGUGGCGCAGCUCUACUUCCACCUGGCGCCCAAGGCCGAGGUGGGCGUCAUCGCCAAGGCGCUGGUGCGACUGCUGCGCAGCCACAGCGAGGUGCAGUACGUGGUGCUGCAGAACGUGGCCACCAUGUCCAUCAAGCGCCGGGGCAUGUUUGAACCCUACCUGAAGAGCUUCUACAUCCGGUCCACUGACCCCACGCAGAUCAAGAUCCUCAAGCUGGAGGUGCUGACCAACCUGGCCAACGAGACCAACAUCCCCACGGUACUCCGGGAGUUCCAGACCUACAUCCGCAGCAUGGACAAGGACUUUGUGGCCGCCACCAUCCAGGCCAUCGGACGCUGUGCCACCAACAUCGGCCGUGUGCGUGACACCUGCCUCAAUGGGCUGGUGCAGCUGCUGUCCAACCGGGAUGAGCUCGUGGUGGCCGAGUCGGUGGUGGUCAUCAAGAAGCUGCUGCAGAUGCAGCCGGCACAGCACGGGGAGAUCAUCAAGCACCUGGCCAAGCUCACGGACAACAUCCAGGUCCCCAUGGCGCGAGCCAGCAUCCUCUGGCUCAUUGGCGAGUACUGUGAGCACGUGCCCAAGAUCGCGCCCGAUGUGCUGCGGAAGAUGGCCAGGUCCUUCACGGCGGAGGAGGACAUCGUCAAGCUGCAGGUCAUCAACCUGGCCGCCAAGCUGUACCUGACCAACUCCAAGCAGACCAAGUUGCUGACCCAGUACGUGCUGAGCCUGGCCAAGUACGACCAGAAUUACGACAUCCGGGACCGCGCGCGCUUCACCCGCCAGCUCAUCGUGCCCUCGGAGCAGGGGGGCGCGCUCAGCCGCCACGCCAAGAAGGUCUUCCUGGCGCCCAAGCCCGCCCCUGUCCUGGAGUCUUCCUUCAAAGACCGGGACCACUUCCAGCUGGGCUCUCUGUCCCACCUGCUCAACGCCAAGGCCACAGGGUACCAGGAGCUCCCAGACUGGCCGGAGGAGGCCCCUGACCCUUCCGUGCGCAAUGUGGAGGUUCCCGAGUGGACCAAGUGUUCCAGCCGGGAGAAGAGGAAGGAGAAGGAGAAGCCCUUCUACUCGGACUCCGACGGGGAGUCGGCCCCGGGAGAGUCGGGCACCACGGAGUCGGCCGACAGCGAGCCCGAGUCUGAGAGCCAGUCUGACAGUAAGAGCAGCAGUGAGAGCAGCUCCGGGGACUCCAGCAGCCAGUCUGACGAAGAUGAAGAGCAGGAGGACAGAGGCCGCAGCAGCGAGAGGUGGGGCACAGCUGAGCAGGGCAGUGAGCGGAGUGAGGAGGCGGAGAAGAGGAAGGUGGAGAAGAGAAAGAAGGAGCCUGCGGGGCAGGGGGGCUCGUCCUCAGAGGGGGGCAGCGGCUCCAGCGGCGGCUCCGAGUCCCAGGCCUCCUCUGAGUCUGACGACGAGCCCGCGGGUCCUGCCUCCUGGAGGAAAAUGCCUCCUCCCAGCGCCCCCAAGACCAAGGAGGUGUCCCUGCUGGACUUGGAGGACUUCACCCCGCCCAGCGUCCAGCCGGCGCCUCCCCCCACGGCCGUGUCGUCCAGUCUGGCUGCUGACCUGGAGGGCCUGACGCUCACAGACUCGCCUCUGCUGCCCUCGCUGCUGAGCCCUGCCUCGGCAGCGGGGCGCCAGGAGCUGCUGCACCGCGUGGCAGGCGAGGGGCUGGCCGUGGACUACAGCUUCAGCCGCCAGCCCUUCCCGGGGGACCCCCGCAUGGUGUCGGUGCACGUCCACUUCUCCAACAGCUCCGAGACGCCCAUCAAGGGCCUGCACAUUGGCACCCCCAAACUGCCCGCGGGCAUCAGCAUCCAAGAGUUCCCGGAAAUCGAGUCCCUGGCUCCUGGGGAGACCACCACUGCCGUCAUGGGCGUCAAUUUCUGUGACUCCACGCAGGCGGCCAACUUCCAGCUGUGCACCCAGACCCGCCAGUUCUACGUGUCCAUCCAGCCCCCGGUGGGGGAGCUGAUGGCCCCGGUGUUCAUGAGUGAGAACGAGUUCAAGAAGGAGCAGAGCAAGCUGACCGGCAUGAAUGAGAUCACGGAGAAGCUUGUGCUGCCGGACGCCUGUCGCAGUGACCACGUGGUGGCGCAUAGGGUGACCACUGCCGCCAACCUGGGCCGUGUCCCCUGUGGGGCCUCAGAUGAGUACAGGUUUGCGGGGAGGACACUGACCAGCGGGAGUCUGGUCCUGCUUGCCCUGGACGCCCAGCCCGGGGGCGCUGCACAGCUGGUUGUCAACAGCGAGAAGAUGGUCAUUGCGACCCUGCUGGCCAAGGACGUGGUGCAGGCGCUGGCCCAGUGAGCCGGCCUCGGGGGCAGAGAGGGGCCCUGCGUCCCACCCUCCCCUCACUCCCCGCAGCCGUAACCACCCAUGUAGCAAAGCCCAGUAAAGCCAAGCUGCCUCCCA